AUGACAGCACAAGGCGACGUCACGGCGGAGAUCAACUUCUACCGCGCCCCCGCCGACGGCUCCGCGCCCUUCGCCUACGUGGAGCAGCCUCCAGCCGGCCAACCGCAACAGAACUUCUCGCAGACCACCCAGCAAGUCCAUCUGACUGACAUCCGCGGCCACGAGGAUGAGUACUCUCUCGCCAAGGACGCCUUCCAAGUCUUCCGGGGCGUCCCCUCGGCCAUGAGCUACGCGCAAUUCGACUCCGACGAGGCCAUCCGCGAGAUCUACUACCCGGAAACCGAGCGAUUCCUGCUCGAGCACGUCCCCGGCGCCCGGCGGGUGGUCAUCUUCGACCACACCGUGCGCAAGCAUGACCCGAGCGCCUCGCGGCAGCCCGUGACGUACGCGCACGUGGACCAGACCGCGGCGGCGGCGGAGGCGCGCGUGCGGCGGAGCAUCGCGGACCCCGCGGAGGCGGAAAAGCUGGUGCAGGGCCGGUUCCGCAUCAUCAACGUCUGGCGGCCGAUCAACGGGCGGGUCGAGUCGCUGCCCCUCGCCUUUGCCAGCGGGAGCUCCACCGACCCUGCGGAUCUCAUCCCCGUCCAGCGCCGCUACCCCACCUUCACCGGCGAGACCAUGAGCGUCCAGUACCAGCCCACCCAGAAAUGGCUGUACUGGUCGCAUGUCGCCGACGACGAGCGCAUCCUGCUGCAGUGCUCCGAUAAUCAGCCGGGCGCCGUGGCCCGCGUGCCCCAUGCUGCCUUUGUGCAUCCCCGCUCUCCUGCCGAUGCGAAGCCUCGGGAGAGCAUUGAGGUGCGCGCGUUGGUAUUUGAUUAG